AUGGUCUUUUCUGCCUCUGGUCUCGCCCUCUUGGGUCUUGGUGCCUCUCUGGUGAGCGCCAUCCCGCAGGCCAACCACAUCAUUGCUCGCCCUCCGGCGACAUUGACCGUGACUUCUCUCAUCGAGAUCACCAAUGAGGUCACCGUCACUGCCUGCGGUUCCGACUGCGCCACUGCGGUCACCGUCACCGUGACUGAGACCCAGCCGUGUUUCUACACCUGUUCGGCAUCGGCCUCCAGCUCCGUUCCCGGCUCCUGGACUUCGACUCCGUCUCUGCCUACGAUCAGCAUCCCGCCGAAGCCUUCUACUCCCACGAGCUACGCCAACUCUACCACCGGUAUCCCGACCUCAUCCACCCCGCUGGGUACCGGCUCCUCAACCAGUCCUACCUCUGUCUCUCCUCCGGACACAUCUUCUGAUGGCACCACGGUCUCAACUCAGCUACCUAGUCUGACCACUUCUCCUCACUGGCCUGCCAACACCACGACCCGUACCCGGACAAAGACAAUCAAGACCAGGACCUUGACCCUGUCCACGGGCAUCUCCCUCACCACCGGUACAGGCACCGGUUCCAGCAGCGUGCCGUACCCCAGCUCCAGCCUCUGGAGCAACACCACUCGCCCUAUCCCUAGCACCACCCUGGGAUCCUUGACUACCACUAAGGCCACACUUCCGACCAUUCCCAUCCCCACCCCGUCGGAUGUUGAUACCACCUCUGCUCCAUGCACCACCUACGGUUGCCCCUCGUACACCACUGCUACCUACACCACGGUCAUCAACACCACUGUAUCCGACCAACUCCCGGAGACUGGCACAGCAUCCCGGUCAAAGACGACCCUGAGAUCCACCAUCAUCGUGACAGUGACCAAGUCUGUGCCAUCCAGCACCGGCACCGCCUACAGCUCGACCAGCCCCGGCACUGGCGUCUCCACCGGCUUCCCCUCGCACACCAUUCCCACUAGCUCUAUUAAGCUGUCUUCUACCCUCAGCUACCCCACGACCACCUCCUCUCCUUGGACUAACACAACUACAACAUCUCCCGGCACCAGCACCGAGACGAUCUCCGACGAUGUGACCACCGCCACUGAGUCGCCUUCUUCCACUAAGAAGCCCUGCACCACGCACAAGACCGAGUCCAGCACCGAGUCCAGCACCUACCCCGCCUCGACUCCUGGAACCACCGUCUCGGACGCUAAGCCAUCCGCAGUGACUACUUCUAGCUCCAUCUCCGGUGGUUACGACACUUACCCGACUUCUUCUCCCGGAACCACCGUGUCUGACGCCAUGCCGUCGGCCGUCAGCCCUUCGGAGUCUCCAUCCAGUUCCAUCCCGGGAGGCUAUGACUCUUACCCAACCUCCACUCCUGGCACCACCGUCUCGGACGCGAAGCCCUCCCUCGUCACCCCCUCAUCCUCUAUCGAUGGAGGCUACGAUACCUACCCAACUUCUUCCCCCGGUACCACUGUCUCAGACGCCAAGCCGUCCCUGGUCACUCCCACCACUAUGGAGACCCGGACAUCUGAUGAACCUACGGCCAGCUCGUCUACCUCGAUCUACGGGGGCUAUGACUUUGGCCACAAGCGCCGCGUGAUUCGUCACUGA